GAGAAGAGAAAGAGAAAGAGAAAGAGAAGGGAGAAGGAGAAAUUGGAGAGGAUGGGGUAUUGUUCUAUGAUUCGGUUGUGUUUAUGCAUCUUCUUUGCACUUUCGAUCGUCUCUUCGGCUCGACUCGGUUUUUCAUUUUCAGAAAAUAUAAAGAUGGUGGCGAGAGGUAGAUCAUUAAUGAUGGUGAGCACCAAUGACUACGACGAGCCAUCGGCUAACGCCAGACACAACCCACCGGGUGUGAGGCAUGGAGGAGGUCGGAGAGGGUGAAAAAAAUCAAAAAAAAAUUUCUUAUUGUUUAGAAAAAAUAACAAAUAUGUUUUGAGAUAUAUAUUAUAUAUACGUAUAUUUAUAUAUCCAUUUCUAUCAUCACUGUCAUCUCUUUAUAUACUGAACAAUAAAACCCUCGAAGAAUAAUA